AUGUGUGAGACACUUCUGGAGGACGGCGCCCCAUCAGGUCCGCCCACCAUCGUGUCUCGGAUCGUGACGGCAGAGUGCUGGCAGCAUCAGCGCCUCUUGUACUUCAAGUCGCCUGACAUCCUGUUGUCCUUGUUAAAUGCCCGCCUGCAAUGUAUCGUCUGCCUCAAAUGGACAACGAGCCCCUUGCAAUCCUCCAACUUAGUCGAAUCCGGGGAGUUAUGUGGGGUAGUACACCCAAAUCUUCAGACGGCCUUCGUCUUCUCUCGAAACAUCAUCGCCGGUGACGAUGUACAGGAAAUCGAGAAGGCACAGCCCGAUGAGGCGAAGAAGGGUGCGGAGGACGCACAGGGAGAAGUCGAGAUGCUGCUCAACAAAGAUUCAGGUCACGGUUUGCGCCCAUACCUGACUAUCUCGUCGGCCCUCGAAUGGAAGGUCAGGCCUGCCGCCUUCUUUGCCCACCAACCAGAGGCUCUGGGGGCGACCAAUGGUACCAAGAAGAGCUUCGCUCUUCGCAUCCUCUCGGGCUUGUACAAGCACCUUUUACCCCUGGACCCGAAGCAAUCGGAGAACACUUGA